AUGAGUAAUACUCCAUUGUCCCCAGAAAAGGCUUCUUCUUUGCCUUUGCUGCCUAAAGAUCGCAAUUUUGAAGGAGGCGAUUCACCUGCCUCCACCCCAUCAACCUAUCCAGCCAAGCGUAGAAAGGUGGAAUCAUCAUUUCGCCAAGACAAAGAGGAAGACGCGUUGUCUACUGACGAUGCUGUCAUGACAGACGCUUUGCCCAUCAUCCCUGAAUUGAAACCAUCCAAAUGGCAGGGCACCAUCAACAAUGUAGUGAAAGCCAUUGUCUCUAUUCGAUUCAGCCAGGUGGCUGCAUUUGACACAGAAGGCCCUGAGACGUCUGAAGCAUCUGGUUUCAUUGUGGAUGCAAAGAAUGGCAUCAUUUUGACAAAUCGACAUGUUGCUUGUGCUGGUCCGUUUGUCGGUGAGGCCAUCUGCCAUGAUCAUGAAGAAGUCGAUGUCUACCCCAUCUACCGUGAUCCCGUUCAUGAUUUUGGUUUCUUAAAGUUCAAUCCCGAGAAGAUCAAGUACAUGCCAUUAUCCCAAGUCGAGUUGAGACCUGAAUUGGCCAAAGUGGGUUUGGAUAUUCGAGUUGUAGGUAACGAUGCUGGUGAGAAGCUCAGUAUUUUGGCUGGUUCUAUUUCGAGACUGGAUCGUAACACACCUGAAUACGGUGAUCUGACGUACAAUGAUUUCAACACAUUCUACUUGCAAGCUGCUUCAAGCACGAGUGGCGGAAGUUCAGGUUCGCCUGUUAUUGACAUUGACGGUAAUGCUGUUGCAUUGCAAGCAGGCGGCCAUACCAAAGCUGCCACCGAUUUCUUUUUGCCUUUGGAUAGAAUCAAGCGUGCACUAGGCUUCAUUCAAAGAGGUGAAAUUGUGCCUCGUGGCGACAUCCAAACACAAUUUACAUACCGUCCAUUUGAUGAAGCACGUCGAUUAGGCUUACGUCCAGAAACCGAGGAAAAGUUGAGAAAGCUGUAUCCCGACGAGAUUGGUCUUUUGGUAGCAGAAACCGUAUUGCCUGAGGGUCCUGCACAUAAAAAGUUGGAGGAGGGCGAUAUUUUACUGACCAUCAAUGGCGAAUACAUCACCAAGUUUGUGCCUUUUGAAUCUAUGCUUGAUUCCAAUGUCGGUAACGAGGUGUCUAUCUGUGUUGAAAGAGGAGGAAAGCCUAUUGAGAUGACUGUCAAGGUGGGAGAUCUUCACGCUAUUACCCCUGAUCGCUAUGUUGAAAUUGGCGGCUCCAAGUUGAACGAAGUGUCAUAUCAAUUGGCCAGAGCUUAUUGCAUCCCUUGUAAGGGUGUCUAUGUUGCUGAACCCUCUGGCAUGUUCCGUCUCGAUGGACCUGAUAAUGGCUGGAUCAUCAAAUCUGUAGACGACAAGGACACACCCAACCUCGACACAUUCAUUCAAGUCAUGAAGACCAUCCCAGACCGUGCUCGCGUGCCUGUUGUGUAUUACUCCAUUGCAGAUACACACACUACAUUGGUUGCUGUGGUUCAGGUAGAGAGACAUUGGUCCAGCUUCAGAUUAGCCGUUAGAAACGAUAACACUGGACUGUGGGAUUUCACUGAUUUGGGAGAAGCACUGCCUCCUAAACCUCUCAAGCCCUCCACCAAGCAUUUUAUUCAACUGGAUGAUAGUCUGGGCCCUGCAAAGAACUUGAUUCGUUGUUUGGUCAAGGUCAACUUUUACAUGCCCUGUCGUUUAGAUGGCUUCCCUCGUAGUCGUAAGCAAGGCACUGGUGUUAUUGUGGAUAAGGAAAAGGGCCUUGUCAUUGUCAGCCGCAGUAUUGUGCCUACAUCGAUGGGUGAUUUGACAUUGAAUGUAGCCGACUCGCUGGUCAUCCCAGCCAAGGUGCUGUUUUUGCAUCCUACACACAAUUUUGCAGUUGUUCAAUACGAUCCCAAGCUUCUAGGCGAGACAGAUGUUCUCAGUGCACCAUUCAGUGAUAAGACGCUAUCACAGGGCCACAAAGUAACAUUGGUUGCCCACAACCACAACCAAAGACCUGUGUGUUUAAACACUGUUGUAACCGAUGUCACAUGUGUCACCAUCCCACAUAAUGGUACUCCUCGUUUCCGUAGUAUCAACAUGGACGCCAUCACACUCGACACGCCCUUAGCGCUCCAAUGCUCUUCUGGUAUUUUGGCAGAUGCAGAGGGCCUUGUGCAAGGCUUAUGGAUGAAUUUCUUGGGUGAGCGCAACAUGAAUGGCCACGACAACGAGUACCACCUUGGCAUCCACAUCUCGACUGUGCGCACUGUAUUGGACCGUUUGAGAAACGGAGAAGAACACGUCGCACUUCGCAGUAUCAAUGCUGAACUAAUGCCCGUUCAAAUGGCUCAAGCUGCAGCCAUGGGCCUGUCUGAUGACUGGAUCAGUAAAGUAGAGCAAGCGAAUCCAGCAAAGCAUCAGUUGUUCAUGAUCAGACGAACCGAAGCCGCAUCCGAGAGCGCCAAAGUGCUGAAGGAGCUUGAUUUGAUCCUGUCCGUGAACGGAAAAGUGAUUACUCGCAUGUAUGAAAUGGAUGUGCAAUACGACUUGGAAGAGAUUGAAAUGACCAUUCUGCGUGCUAAAAAGGAGAUGGUUGUCAAGGUCAAGACAAGUCCUGUUUCUGGAGAUGGUACCAGUAGAGUCAUCUUUUGGGCAGGCGCAGCGUUACAUGAACCCCAUAAGGCCGUACUUCAGCAAAGCAAAACAUUGCCAUCACAGAUUUACAUCUCUGCUCGUUCAAAGGGCUCCCCUGCCUACAUGUACGGUUUAGUGCCCACCAUGUGGAUUACGCACAUUAAUUCGAAAAAGGUGGUUACCUUGGAUGAUCUCAUUGCUGCAGUGAAAGAUGCCGAGGACAACACUUAUGUUCGUGUGCGUUGUCUUAGUUUCGAUAAUGUCCCCAUCAUGCUUUCCGUCAAAAUGGUGAAUCAUUACUUUCCACUAGUCGACAUGGUCAAGGACCCCAAUGCGGAAUGUGGUUGGUCAAAGAGAGAGUAG